AUGAUGAAACGACGUAAAGUUCGCGAAGCGACGACAACGACGUAUUAUUACGAUUACAAAUCGUUAUCAACCCAACGUAAUUCCCUGUUUUCGUUAAGGUAUCUCAAUGGGAACAUGCUCAGCCUGAUCUCCAUACUUGUGUUAUGUUUAUGCGUGAAAGUUUCUGAAGCGUUACCUGAAAGGCGUUGUGGAACGCUGGACAUUCGAAAUCAUCCAAAUCAAGGCUAUAAGCUCGGUGGUCAUAAAUCAAUUUCAAGCACUCAUGUCAACUGUAGUGUGGUGGAAGGCUCGAUGGUGUUGUCAUUAAUACAGAACGCAAAUGUGACUGAAGCGGAUUUUCCUAUGUUCCAGCAUUUAAGAGAGAUCACCGGAUCAUUGUUGAUUUUCCAAGUCAGGAAAUUAUCGACAUUGUCACGAAUUUUUCCUAAUCUCCGGAUCAUUGGCGGGCAGAAUCUUAUUCAACACUUUUCAUUAAUCAUCUAUCAGAAUGAGGAUUUAAUCGACAUCGGUCUCACGAAGCUACGACUAAUUCGUAAUGGAGGAGUUCGUAUUGCUGAAAACAAUAAAAUGUGUUAUUCUCGAUAUAUCGAUUGGAAACACCUUAUGGCUGGACCGCUUAAUGACAUUCUUGUUGAUGACUCGGUGGAAAUUGGUGUUGGAGAAGGGAAGAUCUUAUCUUGUACUGAUGAUUGCGACGUGGAGGAUGAAUCGAAAUGUCGACGUGUUGUACACGCCCGUGGAGAGCGGUUGUCUUGCUGGAAUAAACACACCUGUCAAGAGGAUUGCCCGUACGAUCGGAUCAAUGGCAGCGUUGGACCAGGAUGCGCGGAUUCCAAUGGCGCCAAGUGUCAUGCACAGUGUGUCGCCGGAUGUACAGUGCCGGAUGAUGACACAGCAUGCUACGGAUGUUUACACUACAACCACAAUGGCGCUUGUGUUGAGAAAUGUCCUGGGAAUCUGUUCGUAUACUUGAACCGGCGAUGUAUCACGGAAGCGGAAUGCGAUUCGAUAGCAGCAGUCAGAGGAGGCAAAGAUGUUUACAAGCCAGCUAAUGGAGUUUGUGCAACGAUUUGCCCCGAGGGACUGGAAGAAGGUGAAGUCCAUCGUUUAUGCGUCUAUUGGUCACCUACAAAAUGGAGUUGUGUUCCAGAUCCGUCGAAUAAGAAACGUUGCCGAAAAUGCGCUGGUGAAUGUGUGCGAAAAUGUCCUGGAAACAUAACUGUCGACAGUAUGUCAAAGGCAAUGCAACUGAAACAAUGCAGCGUAAUCGAGGGAUAUCUCGAAGUUGAAAUGCGUGUUGGUAUGAGCGCUGUUGCAGCCUCUCAACUUACCGAUGUUUUUGGAAAGAUCACAACCAUUGACGGGUAUUUCGUUGUUCGACUGUCGCCAUCAUUCGUGAAUUUGCACAUGUUUCGCAGUCUUACUCGCAUUACUGGUCGUUCUCUCUAUCGUGACAAAUACGCACUGAGCAUCUUCGAGAACUCUAAUCUACAGAAGUUGUUCCCUCCUGAAAAUCGGCUUGUCAUCGAUACUGGCUCAGUACAGUUUCAAAACAAUCGUAUGCUGUGCUAUUUCCGCAUCAAGGAAUUGAUGGUGAAAUUGGGACGUGAGCACGAGAUGUCUGAAGAGGAUCAAAGCCUGAGCUACUACAGCAACGGCGACAAAGCAAUUUGUGAGGAGUCGUCCUUCAAUCUUACUGUUGUGGAGAGCGCUGUGUCGCAAACGGCGUUUACGUUACGAUGGCCGGCCCUUAAUACUUCCGAUAUUGACCACAGGAAGUUCCUCGGAUAUGAUAUCCUCUAUAAGGAAGUCGCGUGGGCGGACCCGAAUUUAUCGAUUGAUGAUGAUAGAUCUUCUUGCCAAGACACGGAUUCGUGGUACUAUCACUUCGAAGGGGUGAAUGAUAACACCGAACGUAUCAACGGUACUGGUCCCGAGUACGUCACGGCGAUGAUAGGAAAUAGUCACAUCAAGCCACACACCUUAUACGCUGCCUACGUCACGACUAAGAUGGUUCGCCACCAGGGUGCUCGGAAUGCCGUGUCGAACAUUGCAUUCGUUCGUACCCGUUUUGCAGUUCCAGAUCCUCCACGGAUAACAAAAGCUGAAGCUCUAGGAAUUGAUGAAAUUCUGUUGGAAUGGGAUCCACCAGCACAACCGAAUGGCGAUAUUUCUCAUUAUGUGGUCAGCUGGCGUGCGAUGAACGACGCGUACAUGAACCAACACAUGGGAGCCGCAGUUUGUCAUGAUGUCGAAGUCUGGAUCUAUCAUUGGGUCUUGUCGAAGGGUCUUCGUGAUCCAACCACAACUCCAGCGCCUCGAGCGGUCUCAGUACUGCUCGGUGACAGUGGCGAUCGCAAAACUUGUACACAUGAGCCGCGAGUGCAAGGUUGGCUUGCACUAUGUGCUCCAUAUGCUGUUCCUGCCGAAUUAGGCAGGAUGGUACGAGUUCUAGACGCAUUUGAAAACGGUCCGUUACCAAAUGUCUAUUCGAGAGAAGCUGCUCGAAAACGUCGUGCCAUCACUGCUUCUACACGUCCAAAGGAUGGCUAUAGCGUCAAGCCAGAGAUAAAAGCUGCAAUUGACCCCAAGAGGAAUGCACUUGCGUUGACUGAGGCAACGAAGAACGAUGCGAUAACUGUUAACGUCACGGCGACCUCGUUUGUGAUCAAAGGACUCAAACAUUACACACGCUAUUUUAUCCAAGUCACAGUGUGCCAAGAUCCGACUGCUCCCGAAACACAUUGCUCAACCAAAAGAGCGUGGCAGUACGUAAGAACCAAGCCAAUUGAGGCCAACGUUAUGAAGUCGUUCUCAGCAGACGCGUUCAUCGUCAAGUUAUAUGGUGUCGUGUCAGAUGGUCAGCCUGUGCUAGUGGUUAUGGAAAUGAUGGAAAAGGGUAAUCUUCGCGAUUAUUUGCGAUCUCGACGUCCUGGUGCCGAAGAAAAUGUGGACAAUCUGCCAGUGCCGACAAUAGCCGAAUACUACGAAUGGGCUGCGCAAAUCGCUGACGGAAUGGCGUAUUUGGAGUCGAUUCGUUUCUGUCAUCGUGAUCUUGCAGCAAGAAAUUGCAUGGUACACGCUAAUAACACAGUGAAAAUAGGUGACUUUGGCAUGGCUCGUGAUAUUUACUAUCAUGAGUAUUACAAACCGAACGGUAAACGCUUGAUGCCUGUGCGCUGGAUGGCGCCAGAAUCGUUGCGUGACGGCACGUUUGACAUGAAGAGCGAUGUUUGGUCUUACGGUAUCGUAUUGUAUGAAAUGUUAACGUUGGGCCAACAACCGUAUCAAGGUUUGGCGAAUGAAGAAGCUUCAUGGAUCUACAACCAUCCUACCACGGAAUAUCCCUCGGAUUCGGAACCGAAUUAUGUUCCGGAUGGUCAUGGGAUGCAACUUUUAGCUACCGAUGAAACCGCUGAUGAGGUGGAGUACCACUUGACGAAUCGCGUAGGUGGCGCGAAACCUCAUCGUGGUGAAGGUGAUUCGUUAGAUACCGAUUCAGAAGCCGAAGAUGAG